AUGUCGUCGCCGCCUUCCUCAAUGCCUCCCGCAGACGGUCAAGCCGCAGCCGAUCCCAAUUUGAACCAGAAAGAUCAGAUCGAUGCCGACGUCGACGCCGAAAUGACCGGUACAGGACCCCAGGACAGCGCUGGCGCAGCCGAUACAGCCACAGCUACGACAGGUGUACAGUCGACGACAACCAACGCCGCUCAGAACGAGGCCGGGACGAUAGAUCAUACUACUCAAUCAACUACUACUACCCAGUCCGAUAACGCGCAGCAACAGCCCGCAACGUCGACGUCAGCUCCGGGUUUACUCCAGCAACAACAAAAUCGCAAGGAUGUGACGCUGCGCGAGUUUUUAAGCAAGAUGGACGACUAUGCUCCGAUUAUCCCAGACGCAGUCACGGCGCAUUAUCUCACUCUCUCGGGUCUACCACCGCCAUCGCAAUCCGAUCCCACAGGCGCAAGCACCAACACGACGCCUCUUCCGCUCGCUCGUCUUUUGGCCCUGGCCACGCAAAAGUUCAUUGCCGACAUCGCCGCCGAUGCGUAUCAGUACAGCAGGAUCCGGUCGUCGAAUUCGGCAGCGGCUAAUAAUCCACUGGGAAAUGCUGGGUUGGGAGUCGGCGGCGGUCCUGCUGCCCCGGGCGCAGGUGGUGUGGGCGCGUUGGGUAAGGGCCAGCAAGCGACGCAAUUGGGAGUCCAGAGGAGCGGGUAUGGUGGUGGUGGUCAGGGCGGGAGUAGUCAGGGAAAAACGGUUUUGACCAUGGAGGAUCUCGGAAUGGCGGUGCAGGAGUAUGGUGUUAAUGUUAAGAGGAGUGAGUUCUACAGAUGA